AUGGGGGGUCCUGCCCGGCCUGGGGCAUGGCUGAAGGGGAUUCGCUACACCCCCCCCCCCAGCACCAGGCAGGGCUCGGCCACGUGUCCCUCCCGUUUCACCCAGUCCCCUUGGCCCUGGCUGGCGGCCAGUUACGCCAUCCCUGGCACAGCCCCACCGCUUGCCCAGCCCCGGGGCAGGGCCUUCCCUGCACGGCCCCGCCAUCACCCGCCGAGCACCGACCGACCGACAGGGCUGCUGGCCAGCCCUCCCGCCACCUCCAUGGUGUCCCUCGAGGGUUUGGUGGCCGUGGCCGCCGUGCUCACCGGCCUGGCUCUCCUGGCUGGGCGCCUUUGGGCAGGGAGGCUGGCGGAGCCCGGAGGCUGGAGAGAGGAGGAGGAAGAGGGGGUCUCCUUCAUCACCGAGGAUGGCUCGGGGCGCUGCCGGCUGCUGUGCAAGCCCUCGGCGCUGGCCCAGCACCUGGUGCGGAGCUUGGGGCGCUCAGCGGCGUUGUGGGGGGGCCACUGGCCGUGGCCGCGCUGGCCCCAGCUCCAGAUGCUGCAGCAGCUCCUGCAGCCGCCCUCGCCGGUGCCGGUGGUGGCCCGGGAGCUCCUGCAGCUGCCUGACACGGGGCUGGUGGCCCUGGACUGGCUGGUGGGGCCAUGGGGGGUGACAGGUGGCGCGGGGGGGGGCCCCAGCCCGGUGCUGCUGCUCAUCCCCAACGCCACCGGCAAGGUGACGGGGGGGCUGCUGCAGCUGGGGUUGCGGGCGCUGGAGCGGGGCUUCAUCCCCGUCAUCUUCAACCGCCGGGGCCACAACGGCUGCCCCCUUACCACCCCCCGGCUCCAGCCCUUCGGGGACCCCGGGGACCUGCGGGAGGCAGUGACCUACCUGCGCUGCCGGCACCCCACGGCCUCGCUGCUGGCCGUCAGCGAGGGCUCGGGCUCGGGGCUGCUGCUCGCCUACCUGGGGGAGCGCGGCUCCUCCAGCCACCUGGCCGCCGCCGCCUGCCUCUCCCCCGUCUUCCGUGGCCGGGACUGGUUUGAGGCCGGGAUGCCCUGGCUCUACGAGUGGCCGCUGCUCCUGCACCUCAAGCAAGGACUCAGCAGGUACGCAGGGUCCCUGGCCGAGGCGCUGGACGUGGACAGGGUGCUGGGCAGCCGCUCGCUGCGGGAGCUGGAGGAAGCCCUCUUCUGCCAGACCAAGAGCCACCCCACCAGCUGGGAGGCUUACUGGGAGCGCAACGAGCCCCUGCGCGACGCCGACGAGGCCGCUGUGCCGGUGCUGUGCCUCUGCAGCACCGACGACCCCGUCCGCGGCCCCCCGGCCCGCAGCCUGCCCCUCGAGCUCUUCCGCAGCAGCCCCUACUUCUUCCUGCUGCUGACCCCGCGCGGGGGGCACUGCGGCUUCCCCCGGGGGGACCCCGGCCGCUGCUGGGGCCACGAGGCCGUGCUGGAGUAUUUCAGGGCCAUGGGCGAGUUUCUGCGGGCAGAGGAGCGGAGGAAGGGGCUGCUGCGGUCCCGCAGGUUGGGGGGGCCCACCGGCGAGCCCCCCGUCUUCACCUGGCAGAGGUCCUACACCCGGUAGCAGCGGGGCGGGGGUCCCCGUGCCAGGGGUGGGGGAGUGGGGGCUCAGAAAGGCAGACAGACACUCCGUGUACUAAAAUUACUUUAUUACAGUUGAUUUUUUUUUUUUAACAUUUCCUUUGCUAUGAUACAAAGGAUACUUACAAACAAAAUAUUACAUAUGACCUUAUUUUUUCUCUUCUCUUAUUUUCUGACAACUUGGUAACAGCUUUAAAUGCACAAUCUAUACAAUUAAUACAGGUUAUAUAUGAGCUAUAAUGUAUGUUGAACCAGAAGAAUACCAGAAUACUGACAAUAUACUGUACAUUAAGCCUUA